AUGAGGAUUCAAGGCUGGCUCCUUUAUACUAUAGUAGCUAUAAUAUUUAUAUCACAGUCUGCGUAUGCGGCAAAUGGUGUACAGGCGUGUACAUGUGACGAGUCCAACAGCGCGCAAAUAUGGACUGGAAACGGUGGUCAAGUAAAAACCCAAAGCGGAAGCUGUUUGGUCGGGAUGGCUACGGGAAAUAAUGCAGGAGGAAGUGUGGGCGUAGGAGUUGGAUUGUGUGGAGGUGAGAGUGCCCAGUGGGAUAUAUAUCACUCCGCUCCUGGCUCAGUCACUCUCUAUUCAGCUUCAUACUUUUUCUCCGAGCCGAUGAAUCUUUUACAAUCCACAUACACCUCUCAAUCUCUCCCCUCAUCGAUAUUCUCUGUACCAUUUUCACUCGAAAUUCCCCCCGGCUUUGAAUUCGUUGUACUCCCCGGUAACAAUGCAUCAACCGUUUUUUCGUCGGAUACACCGCAAGUCGAUCCUAUCAGCGAUUUGACAACAACGUUUCAAGUUAGACUGAAAGAUGGGGUGAUCGCAUACGAACAGCCUGCCUAUUUUGGCGUCAGUUGGUUUUUGUCGUCGGGAUUUGGAAACGGACCAAACAAUACCAUUUAUCAGAACGUGACAACAAGCUUUGUUGGAACCACCGGAAACACUUUUAGCUUUAGCUUUGGUGUCGGCUCUGUUAUGGUCAAGGAUGGAUUUAAAGCCGUAAUGUGGGAUACAAAAUCGAAAAAUGGCGAUAAUUUUGGACUGUUCGAAACCGUUGCUAAUUUCGAGGGAGUGAUGGUUGCUACCGCGCGCAAGGAUGUUCAAAAUGCUGAUAUUUCUGCUGCUGAUUGCACGCCUGAAUGUGCCUCGGGUGGGUUUUGCUCGGGAAAGAACGUGUGUACAUGUUCACCUGGCUUCACAGGCGCUUUAUGCGAUCAAUGUCUUCCUGGGUUUUGGGGACCAACCUGUCAACCCUGUUCCCAAAAUUGUCCAAACACUCAGAACCAAACCUGUUCCGAUGGAUUAAAUGGUACGGGCGAAUGUAAGUGUCUCCCAAACCUUGCUGGACCCAGCUGCACUACUUGCGCGCCUGGUUUUUUUGGCCCGGGUUGCAAGCCUUGCAACUGCAACAACGGCACAUGCGACUCAAAUGGCAACUGUUCUUGUCUUGCUGGUUGGAUUACACCACAAAAUUCGACCGCUCAAUGCUCUACAUGUAAACCGGGAUAUUUUCUCUUUGGGGAUUCUUGUAAAUCGUGUGCACCCGGUUGUCAACAAUGCGAUUCUAAUGGAAAUUGCGUCAAAUGUUUUGACGGAUUGGGUGUUUCGCCGGAUAAUCCUCAAAAGUGCAUAGUAGUAAGCGGGUCAUCAUGCCCGGACGGACAAUUUUUCGAUGGAACUCAAUGUCAGCCAUGCGACCCAAGUUGUCAAACAUGCCGCGGGCCUGGUCCGGGCAGUUGUUUGGCAUGUCAAGCGGGGUCAUUGUAUCUGGAAAGUAUAUGUCAGCAAGUGAAUCAGAUUAGUGGAACAUGCAAUCAGUCAGCUACUACGGUUGCGAGUAACUGGGUUGCAAAUCUAGCUGAUGGAGUUUGUGAUCCCUGUCCAAGCAGUUGUUUAGCAUGUUCUAUCCCCAACUUGACCACUAAUAGUACCGCUAGUCUCACCUGCACAAAAUGCAUGACUGGCUUUGUCCUGGAUGGGAUAAAGUGUAUCAAAACAUGUUCCCAGGGCAAGUUUGUUAAUCCGGCAGAUAACAUGACUUGUAUUCCAUGCGAUUCAUCUUGUUCGACGUGCAAAGGCUCCGCACCAAAUCAAUGCCUCACUUGUACGAACCCGUCCCAGUUCGCCUUCAACGGCACCUGCUCUGCAACGCCCUGCCCAACAGGUUUUGUGUCGGUUAACACGGCUUGCACCAAAUGUCAUCCUGACUGUGCGGAAUGCAGUGGACCCGGCGUUAACCAGUGUACUAAAUGUCCCGCUGAUCGUCCGAUAAUGACAAAAGACAACCAAUGCGUAGAAGUGUGUCCGAUGGGGAUGUAUGCCGAUGCCAAUGCAAAGUGUCAGGCAUGCGAUGGUAGUUGUACGUCUUGUGUUGGACCUCGCGAUGACCAAUGCUUGGGGUGUUCUAAUAAAGAUAAGGUUCUUAUUGGAGGAUCGUGUAGUGGGACAUGUCCGAGUGGAUCAACUUUCCUUCAAAGCGAACGUCUAUGUGGAACAGCUGAUGGUCUAGCAUCACCAAUUCCGCCAGCUCUCAUAUCCUCUAAACCUCUCCCGUGGUGGGCUGUUCUUUUGAUUGUACUCGCUGCCCUGAUAUUUAUUGGGCUCAUCACCUAUCUCAUACGCUACUAUGCUCUCAAACGACGGCAAAAGAAGAUCGAAGAGUUUGGCGAUCAAAUCGACGAACAAGCUGUUACCGAAAAUCUGCAACAGCUACAAGCCGGAUACGAAAGUACUCCCACGAGAAUUCCCAGUAGCGCGUUAUCCGAACCACAAACAUCAUAUCAACCUUUUGCGAAUAAUUUGCUCAAGCAAAAAGAAAGCGAAAAAGAGUUAGACAAGGAAUCGUACCCACCCGCAUAUGAUCCGCGCGAUGGAGAAGAAUAUUGGAAGAAAUUGCAGAGGCAAAAUUCCAAGUUAUCGAGAAAAGCGUCGAUAUUGAGUAGAUUUGGGGAAUCCAGGAAAAAGGACGAUUGGGAAGGGUUUGAAGAGGUGACGCUUGGCGAUAAAGGUGCUGUUCGUAGCGGGGCUAGCAGUAAUGGGAAAGGCAAGGCGCGUGGUGAUAAAAAAUCUGGGAGGAUUAGCAUUUGGGGGGAAAACUGGAUAUAG